CUCUUGCUACGUUUUAAUCUUACAGUAUCUAUCUAUCCAUAUUCAUUUCUUACAGGGAAAGAGGAUGGAGAGCCCCGAUCUCUUGCAACACUGACGCUGGGAAACUUAAUACACAUCCACAGACAGAGCUACAAUUUUCCUCCCCUUUCCUCUCUCUCUCUCUGUCCCUUUCCCUGCCAGAGUCUGGAAAAAGGGGACAUGUGUUUUACAUUUCUGCCUCCUUGUUUUGGUGCAAUCUCCAAGAAGAGAGAGGCGGAGUGGGGCGGACAGAGGAGCCCAGCCCUGGCCAAAGAGGGCUCCCAAGGGGGGGUCCCCUUUCUCCCCCCAGAAGGGGAGGCUGGGAGAGCCCCUUGGAGGAGGACCAUGGAUGCUGGGCUGACUUCCAUCCAAAGGCUGCUCCCAAGCCUUGAGGGAAGAGGAGCCCAGAGGAGGAGGAUGAUGAAGGUUGCCAGGAGGAGGAGGAGGAGGAAUGGCUGGCCAGAUGGGGCCAGGAUAAAGUUAAACUUCUGCUGCUGUUUCUUCUUCUUCUGGAGGGGAUGGUGGGCGUUGCUCUUGCUCCAGCUCCACAUGUUGCAAGCUUUGGCACAAGAUGACGUUGCUCCCUAUUUCAAGACCGAACCUGGCUUGCCACAGAUUCAUCUAGAAGGGAACCGUCUUGUGCUCACCUGCUUGGCAGAAGGAAGCUGGCCUUUGGAAUUUAAGUGGCUGCAUAAUGGCUCUGAAACGACUGCCUUCUCCAGUGAAUACAAGUAUGUCGUUCCAUCCUUGCAAAGAUCUGAUGCUGGUUUUUAUCAGUGUGUUGCAAGGAACAGAAUGGGAGCGCUCUUGCAAAGGAAAUCAGAAGUUCAAGUGGCAUACAUGGGAAGUUUCCAGGACAUGGAGCGGAGGAAGACGGUGUCCGAAGGGAAAGCCACAGUUCUAAACUUCCCUCCCAUCCCAAGCUAUCCCAGACCGCAAGUGACUUGGUUUCGAGAUGGGCACAAGAUUAUCCCAAGCAGCAGGAUAACCAUCACACUGGAGAAUCAGCUGGUCAUCCUUGCAACAUCCGCCGCAGAUGCUGGGUGCUACUACGUCCAGGCAGUCAACGAAAAGAAUGGCGAGAACAAGACAAGCCCAUUCAUUUACCUGAGUGUGACAAGUGCUGACACUUCAUCCACUGCUGUGGCUCCGGUUAUUAUAAUUCCUCCACGUAAUACAAGUGUGGCAGCUGGAAGUAAUGAAGCCAUCCUGGAAUGUGUGGCCAAUGGCAGGCCCACUGAGAAAUUAAGCGUAGCCUGGAAGAGGAACGGAGUCAAAAUAACCAGUGGAGUUAGCAGUUUCGGGAGACGUCUUGCGAUUGCCAACCCAACCUCGGCUGACAUUGGAAUGUACGUCUGUGAGGCACUCUUGAGAGACAGCCCUGUUGAGCCAGAGAGAGCAAAAGCUUUUCUGUCUAUCCUGGAGCCGCCGUAUUUUACCACUGAACCAGAAAGCCGAAUUGUGGCCGAAGUGGAGAAGACUGUGCAUAUCCAGUGCCAAGCGAUGGGUGUCCCCCGUCCUUCUUUGGCCUGGUAUAAGGAUGCUGUCCCUGUGCUCAAACUGCUGAAUCCGCGUUACAAAGUCCUGCUCAAUGGGAGUCUUCAGAUCCAGGGAUUGCAACCUGAUGACUCUGGCAUCUUCCAGUGUUUUGCAAGGAAUGAGGCUGGAGAGAUGCAGACCUAUACCUUCUUGGAUGUUACUAAUGUUGCUCCCACUUUUACGCAGCCUCCAGCCGAUACCACUGUGACCGAAGGGAUGACUGCAGUGUUAAGAUGUGAUGUUUCUGGAGCUCCAAAGCCUGCCAUUGCUUGGAGACGGGGGAACCAGAUUUUGGCCAGUGGCUCUGUCCAGAUCCCCAGGUUCCUCCUCCUUGAGUCUGGAGGGCUCCGGAUAACGCCUGUCUUCAUUCAAGAUGCCGGAAACUAUACUUGCUGUGCAGUCAACUCUGAAGGAAUCCUAAAUGCUUCUGCUGCUCUCACCGUGUGGAAUCGCACUUUUAUCGUCCGCCCUCCUGAGGACAGCACUGUUAUUAAGGGAACCACCGCGAUGCUGCAGUGCGAAGCUGCUCAUGACCCCAGAAUUUCAAUCAGGUAUGUUUGGAAGAAGGACAACGUUGUCAUAAAUCCAUCUAGCAGCUCCCGCGUCACGAUAGAAAAAGAUGGCACCCUCAUCAUCAGCCAGACGUGGUCCGGUGACAUUGGAGACUACACCUGCGAAGUCACUUCCUUCGGCGGAAACGAUUCCAGAGUGGCUCGGAUGGAAGUGAUAGAACUGCCUCAUCCCCCUCAGAACCUGCUGGCUACCUUGAACUCCUCCUUUAGCCGCAGCGUGAUCCUCUCCUGGGUGCGUCCCUUUGAUGGAAAUAGUCCCGUCCUUCACUACAUUGUUGAACUCUCCGAGAACAAUUCUCCCUGGAAAGUGCACCUCUCGGAUAUUGAUCCAAAGAUGACCAGCAUCACUGUGAGUGGGCUAACACCAGCCCGAACCUACCAGUUUCGAGUGUGCGCAGUCAACCAAGUGGGAAAGGGCCAAUACAGUCGAGAAACCAGCAGGUUGAUGUUACCCGAAGAACCACCAAGUGCUCCACCUAAAAACAUUGUGGCUAGUGGGAGGACCAACCAGUCUAUUAUGGUUCAAUGGCAACCCCCUCCUGAAAGUGAACAUAAUGGGGUUCUCCAUGGUUAUAUCCUGCGGUAUCGCCUAGCAGGCCUUCCUGGAGAGUACCAAUACAAGAACAUCACCAGCGCGGAGAUUAACUACUGCUUGGUAAAAGACCUGAUCAUCUGGACUCAGUAUGAAAUCCAGGUGGCAUCUUACAACGGAGCUGGCCUGGGAACCUUCAGCAGGGCAGUCACAGAGUAUACUUUGCAAGGAGUCCCCACCGCACCGCCACAAAACGUUCAAGCGGAAGCCGUCAACUCCACCACCAUCCACUUCUUGUGGAACCCGCCUCCCCAACAAUUCAUCAAUGGGAUCAAUCAGGGAUACAAGCUCCUGGCCUGGCCAAUAGAUGCACCAGAAACUGUGACCACAGUCACCAUUACUCCAGAUUUUCAUGGGGUUCAUAGUGGCUACAUAACCAAUCUGAAGAAAUUUACUACUUACUACACAUCAAUCCUCUGCUUCACCACUCCAGGGGAUGGGCCACAAAGCCCACCUCAACUGCUCAGGACCCAUGAAGACAAGCCAGGCGCUGUGGGGCAUCUGAGUUUCACGGAGAUUCUGGACACAUCGCUCAAGGUCAGCUGGCAAGAACCUGUAGAGAAAAAUGGCAUCAUUACAGGCUACCAAAUCUCCUGGGAGGUGUAUAGCAGGAAUGAAUCCCGUCUUGCUCGCACUCUUUCGAACACAACCCUUGAGUACAAAAUUACAGGCCUGUCAUCGCUUACCACCUACACGAUAGAAGUAGCAGCAACGACUGCAGAAGGAACAGGUUCAGUCACAUCAUCCACGAUUUCGUCAGGGGUCCCCCCGGAGCUUCCUGGUGCGCCAUCCAAUUUAGUGAUUUCGAACAUCAGCCCUCGCUCUGCCACGCUUCAAUUCCGGCCUGGGUACGAUGGCAAAACAUCCAUCUCCAAAUGGAUAGUGGAGGGCCAGGUUGGUGUUAUAGGAGAAGAAGAGGAAUGGGCAACUCUGUGUGAGGUGGAGAAAGAGUCGGAUGCUCAGUUGCUGGAGAUCCCAAACCUCACACCUUACACUCAUUACAGGUUCAGGAUGAGACAGGUGAACGUUGUUGGGCAAAGCCCCCUCAGUCAGCCCUCGCGUGUCAUCCAGACCCUCCAAGCGCCGCCAGACGUUGUACCCGGGAGUGUGACAGUGCGCACCGCUAGUGAGACUAGCCUGUGGGUCCGCUGGGUGCCUCUGCCUGAUACUCAGUAUAACGGGAACCCUGAAUCCGUAGGUUACAGGAUCAAAUACUGGUGUGUGGACACACCGUCUUCUGUAAACACAAAAGUCAUCAGUGAUCGGCUGGAGAGGGAACACACAAUUGAGGAUCUAGAGGAGUGGACUGAAUACGAACUCCAAAUCCAAGCCUUCAAUGCCAUUGGGGCAGGGCCCUGGAGUGAGGUAGUGAGAGGUCGCACGCGGGAGUCAGUUCCAUCGGCUCCACCAGAGAAUGUGUCAGCCGAAGCUGUGAGCUCCACUCAGAUCCUCUUGACUUGGGCAGCUGUGCCAGAACCGGAGCAAAAUGGGCUCAUACUUGGCUACAAGAUUUUGUUCAAGACCAAAGAUGCGGAGAGCAAAUUGAACAGCCAGGUUGUGAGAGGGAACCACACGCUUUCCGUCCUUCUCGCCGGCUUGCGCAAGUAUGUGCUUUAUGAGAUCCAGGUGCUGGCUUUCACGCGCAUCGGGGAUGGGGUUCCCAGCUCUCCUCCGGUCAUUGAGCGAACCAAAGAUGACGCCCCAGGUCCUCCUGUGCGACUGGUCUUCCCUGAGGUGAGGCUGACAUCUGUGCGUAUUGUAUGGCAACCACCUGAAGAGCCAAAUGGAAUUAUUCUUGGAUAUCAAAUCGCAUACCGCUUGGCAACCAGCAACCCAAACAAGUUCACCACGGUGGAGGUUGGCUCCACAGUCAGGCAGUUUGUGGCUACAGAUCUUCUCCCAGAAUCGGCGUACAUCUUCCGAGCCUCGGCCAAGACUCGCCAGGGCUGGGGUGAGCCCUUGGAAGCUACAGUCAUCACUACGGAAAAGAGAGAGCGGCCAGCCCCUCCAAGGGACCUGAGAGUCCCCCAGUCUGAAGUGACGUCUCGGAGCUUACAGCUGCACUGGGUUCCUGGAAGUGAUGGGUCUUCACCAAUACGUUACUUCACCGUGCAAAUGAAAGAGCUGCCAGAUGGUGACUGGAAAACGUAUUCCUCAUCUAUCAACCACGAAGCUAGCUCCUGUACAAUUGACAGGCUGAAUCCAUUCACUUCCUACAAGCUGCGUCUGAAAGCAACCAACGAUAUUGGAGACAGCGAUUUUGGCGCAGAGACGGAAGCAGUCACUACGCUUCAAGAUGUCCCAGGUGAACCGCCCAGUUCCGUGUCUGUGAUCCCACACACAACAUCCUCUGUCCUUGUGCAGUGGCAGCCUCCAAAGGCUGAGAGCCUGAAUGGCCUUCUCUUGGGAUAUCGCAUUUAUUACCGGGAGUUGGAGUACGAAAGCACGGGAUCAGGACCCGAGUCCAAGAUCAUUAAAAACCUAUCAGCUUUACGAGCAGAGCUUACACCCCAAAGCAGCUUCAAGACAGUGAACAGCAGCUCGGUAUUAACGACGUAUGAAUUAACACAGCUGAAGAAGUACAAGAGAUACGAAGUUGUAAUGACAGCCUAUAAUAUAGUUGGGGAGAGCCCUGCCAGCGCCCCGGUGGAAGUCUUUGUUGGCGAAGCAGCCCCAGCGAUGCCGCCUCAAAAUAUCCAGAUAAAUGCACUUUCUGCCAGCCAGCUGGAAGUCACUUGGGACCCUCCUCCUGUUGACAGCCAGAAUGGGAACAUACAAGGUUACAAGGUUUAUUACUGGGAAGAGGAUAGCAGGAAUGACACAGAAAAAGUAAAGGUCCUUUUCCUCCCAGAGACAAGUGUCCGGCUGAAGAACCUGACCAGCUACUCCAAAUAUUUGGUCUGUAUCUCUGCUUUCAACGCAGCAGGAGAUGGGCCAAAAAGUAGCCCUGGUCAGGGCAGAACACACCAGGCAGCUCCAAGUGCUCCCAGCUUCUUGGCUUUCUCCGAAAUCACUUGCUCUACGCUCAAUGUAUCCUGGGGAGAACCAGCUGCAGCCAAUGGUAUUCUGCAGGGAUAUCGAGUGAUCUACGAGCCUUUGGCCCCAGUUCAAGGGGUGAGCAAAGUGGUGACUGUGGACAUCAAGGGGAAUUGGCAGCGCUGGCUGAAAGUCAGGGACCUCACCAAAGGGAUGACCUACUUGUUCCGGGUCCAGGCCAAGACCAUCACCUAUGGGCCUGAAUUGCAAGCCAACAUCACAGCUGGGCCAGCAGAGGGAUCGCCUGGUUCCCCUCAGCAUGUUCUGGUUUCCAAAACAGCCUCUGGACUGACUUUGUACUGGACCGAGGGGGUCUCGGGAGGCAGGCCCACCACUGGCUACAUCAUAGAAACCAGGCCUUCAGAUGAAGGACUGUGGGACCUGUUUGUGAAGGACAUUCCCCACGGUGCCACCUCCUACACCAUCAGCCUGGACAAGCUGAAACCAGGGGUGAGCUACGAAUUCCGGGUGGUGGCCGUGAACGAGUUUGGAUACGGAGAGCCCAGCACUCCUUCUGUUGCGGUAUCAGCUCACACAGACUCUCCUUUCUAUGAAGAAUGGUGGUUUCUGCUUGUGAUGGCUCUCUGUAGCCUCAUUCUCAUCUUGCUGGUGGUGUUUGUGCUGAUCUUGCAUGGCCAGACCAAGAAAUACCGGAACUGCAAUUCAGAGCCAAAGCAGGGCCUUUGCCUGCGCUCAUUCUGUCGCCGUUUGUCCUCAGGAAAAAGCAUUGCCAAUGUGGAGGAAUCUGUCACUCUGGAUAAUGGGGGGUUUACAGCCCUGGAGCUCAACAGCCGACACCUCAACGUCAAAAAUACUUUCUCCAAGAAGAAUGGGACAAGAUCUCCUCCUCGCCCAAGCCCUGGAGGCUUGAACUAUUCAGAUGAGGACAUCUGUAACAAGUACAAUGGAGCAGUGCUGACAGAAAGCGUCGCCCUCAAUGAAAAACCUUUGGAUGCUUCGGAAUCAGAAGCGACUGAUUCAGACUAUGAGGACGAGCUGCCCAAGCACUCUUUUGUCAACCAUUACAUGAGCGACCCCACAUACUACAACUCCUGGAAACGGCAGCAAAAGGGCACCAAGCCCCCGACGCCCUACAGGUAUGAGGAGUGUGUCACAAGCGAGGCCGAACCUUACUUCCAGACUGUCAUCACAACACAGAGCUCAGGCGGGGUGUACACCCCGACAGGACAGCCUGCCCCAGGCUCUCGGACUCCAGUGACAGGCUUCUCCUCCUUCGUCUGACGCCGGGGCAAAGGAACCAGCGCUACCAAGGCUCAGCAGCUUGCCAAACCUGGAGACCGCCGCCACCCAACCGGAGGACUGUGUGCUUGAGAGGUGCAGUGAAAACUGUGGGGUACAUUUCUCUUUAUCAGGGUAGAAUGGAUGUAAAUGUGAAUGUUUCGUUUUCUUUUCCAAGACAAUCAACUCUUUACGACGCGGAGCCAACCUAGCCGAACUUGCUUUGGUUUCAUUUUUCUAAGAAAAAGAAAACCCACAAAAACUGAUAAUUUUAACCACUUUGGAAUAUAAUUUAAGGGGAAUUUUUUAAAAAAAUACAAAUAAAAAUGUUGCUUUUGUAAUGCUGCUUUGGGAAGCAGCUUGCUACGGGUUGGGCGUUUUUUCCUUUCCCUUUUCCCAAAGCCAAGGAGAUGAAUUCAGUUCUUGUGGAUUGGGUUGCACUGUUGUGAUGUAACUGAAGGUGAAUCCAUACUGUUCCCCCAAAUGCUCUCCUUUUCUCCUAUCAACCAGGUUAAUUUGGAAACACAAGAGAGAGAAAGGGUUCUAAGAACAGUUCUCUCCCUGCAUUUCUCUCUCUCUCCUGGUUGUUUCUGCCUUCGAAGCACCAGCCGAAUCACUUUGUCUCAAUAUCGUGUCUCUUGCAGUGCCUCCAAGGUUCACUCCUGGAAGUGUUUGAUCAACUGUCUCUUAUUUUCAUUUCUAUUCUGUUCCAAGCGAGCUUGUUGUGUUCCACAAAAUAUUGCCCUCCCCAAGGUUUCGCUGUUAGAUGAGUCAGUGUGAAAGCAGCAUCAGACGAAACAUCUGAGGAAGGAUGCUGAUGAGGUUUCAAUGUUGCUCUUCUCGUGGGUCUGAUUCCUCCUCCGUCGACUGCAUGUGCCAAUGUCCAUUUUAAAUCAAGAAAGGGGGGGAAGAGGUUCCUUUGAAUGAAAAUGUGGUGUUCAUGAACUGAUAAGGAGAACGCACUAGUGGAACAACACUUCUGUCAUGUUCAAAGGUGUCCUUCCAUGCCAAGGAAAGCAACCCCACUUCUCCUUAUCCGCUGCCUCAGUGGGAUACUGGUCUGCAGCUCUCUUUUAAAAACAAGUACAUGUUGACACCAGAUUUGUUUGAUUUUUUUUUAAAAGAUGUAUAUUUUUAAUGAUUUUUUUUAAAUACAAAGACACAUCAUA